AUGAAUGAUAAAUUAACAAUUCGUGGUCUAGAGUCAUUUAUGCCUGAAGAACAGUAUCCAUGGAAAAAUUUGAAUUUUGAUCGUAAUGAAUACAUGUAUGAAUUGAUUCAUAUAGUCGACUUCAAUGAAAAUUCAAGUUUGAAUUUGUACACGCUUAAACUAAUUUCGGAUGCAUCUGGUAUGAGUGCGGACGAAGAAGGUGGUGACGCAGUUUAUUCUUAUGAAAAUAAAAAAUCGAUUAAAAAAAUAGUGUCAGAUGCUGAAGCUAUACCGAUAAAACGUGAUACUUCUACUGUUAAUGAUACUGAUCAGAAAAUAAAUUUUCAUUUAAAAUCAGUAUUAGAUACCAAUAAAUUAAUCGCGUAUGUAAAUAGUUACGACAAGGAGAUAUCCGGUUUAAAUAAAGCAAGUAUGUCGGCAUACAUGUGCAAUGAAACGUAUUACAUCACCUACGAUGUUAUUUAUAAAUUUGGUUUUAUUGAUAUCAAAAAAGGAAAUUUAUUGCUAAUGAACGAUCAAGAGAAGGCUGAGGUACAAUGA